GACGAGGUCAUCAGGGCGAAGAUGGAGGAGCUGGAGAACAACCCCAUGAACCCUGGUGAAAAUCCCGACGACUACUUCAACCAGAAGCACCUACUUCGCACCCAGCUGGAUAAGAUGGGAGAACCCAUCUCCGACCGCCGCUUCAAGGACAUCUGCGUCCAGGGCUUCUCCGACGAAUACAAGGACGUCAAACUGAUGGUGUUCAGAGACCCAACCUUCAACGUCCUGGACAUGCAAUCCACCAUGCGCAACAUCUUCUUGGACGAACAAUCGCGCAAGGAAUGGAAGGGACGCAUAGCUGGUCGAGGAUUUGCCAUGGCAACGACCGCGUCUGACAUCAUCUGCCACAGCUGCUACGAGCCGGGGCACAUCAGGAGGAACUGCCCCAAGAUCAAGAACAGGGCGAAGAAGAAAACGAAGCCCGCCGGAGCUACCAAGUGGUGCUCCAAGCACAACACCACGUCUCACUCGGACGAGGAAUGCUACCAGCAAGGAGGAAAGCGCCCGGAAGACACCAAGGACUCAAUCGGAGGACAUCGUCAAGAGCCAGGACAGGACUACGGACGCAGCUACGCACCAGUAUGCCGUAUCGGGAGCAUUCGCAUGACGUGCGCCAUUGGCUGCCACAACAACUGGCCCAUCUACCAACUGGACGUUGUCGGUGCCUUCCUGAACGCCCUCUGCGACAGAGAUGUGUACGUCAGACCCGCCCCCGGUACAUCCGCCAAGAACUCCGCGACGGGAGAACCCAUGGUGUACAAACUAGAACGGAGUCUCUACGGCCUAUCGCAGUCGCCUGCGGUCUGGAACGACACCCUGGACGACUCCCUCACGGUGUUCGGAUGGACAAGGACUCAAUCCGACUCCUGCGUGUACGUGUAUACCAGCGGCAACAUCAUCGUGAUUCUCACGGUCUACGUAGACGACAUUCUCAUCACAGGAGGAGACCAGCAGCUCGUGGACUAGAAGAAGAAGGAGCUCAACUUCAAGAUCUUCGGAUCGGUUCGCAUCAACAGCGACAGCACCGGAGCGCUGACAGUGGCCGGGAAUGCCAUGCAUUCUCAACGCACGAAGCACGUGGCCCUGAGGUACUUUUUCAUCCGGGAGCUAAAUAGUACUGCGGGGACAAAUCACUCUUCACCAUCGGCCUAGCAAGCACCAGUUGGCUGAUAUCGCGACCAAGUACCUCCCAAAGCACCUAUUCGCCUUCAUCAUUCAGCAGAUCAAGGACUUCUCGUGUGGAUCGAAGAUCUGUGAAGCUUUCUUCCAUACCCGCCAUACCAGAAGGAAUUUAUUUUCGAUACGAUGCCAACGAAGGGGUCGAGGUAGACAAGGAUAUGGUGAUGCCGUCGACCAUUGUGAAUUUGUUGCUUGAUC